AUGUAUGUGAAAUGGUUUGAUACAGUAAUGUUUUACUAUGUGAUUUUAGUGUAUUUAGUGAAUGUCACUUUUCCACAUUUUUACAUUUCCCGCCGUUCCGUCCCCCGUACGUCCCGACGUCGCAGGAAAUGGAACCCGGAAGACAGAUGCCGGCAUCGGCCGGAGGACAUUGCCGGGGACACUGCAGGAGGGACAUCGUGGGAGCGAAGGACAAGGUAAGUGAAGAAGAGAUCCCGGAUCAGUGCUGCAAGGUAUUCCCGAGUGUAGAUCAGGGUUACCGCUUGUGCUACACUCGGGAAUACCGCCAGGGAGGUUAAGC